GGAGAAUUCCACUGGUAUCAACACCACCUCCAUCAUCGUCAUUGCGAAGGCAAUGCUUUGAGACUUCCAAGCUCAAGUUCGACAUUUCACAGGAACACUAUAAUAAUAAACAACCUCAGCCUCGUUCCAAUCUCACCAAGGCAUGGAGCGAUUCGGAACACCCCCGCACUCCCCGGCAUCCGGAUAUGAUCUUCCACUCAAUCGUACUCUGGCCAGUCGCAAUGUCUGACAGCGAACCGCAAUCACAAGCACCUGCAACAAGCGAAUGAGAUGGCGGGCCCACAUCCCGUAUGUAGCCUGUAGACCUCGUUUCUUCAUACUGCGUUCUGUGUAGGCCGCCAAACGCUUGCUCAGUCUUUCCGAAUUCUCUGCUUCCGCCUCAUCCUUCACCUCACUAACCGUUGUCCGCCUGAACUCUGUCUACCACAAGAAAGAUAUCUAGAGCAGUUGCAGUGGAAACCGCAAAGAAUGUCGGACGCACCACAGAUAAGCCUCGGCCAAAAGCUAGGCAUCCCCAUCGCCUUUGGAAAAGCCCUCGCCGCGGCUCUCAUACGCAUGACGACAUCGCCCUUCAAAGGCUCAAAGGGAGGACCAACCUACUAUCGCGAUGUGUUCAUGACCUUGGUGCGCACCCAGCUGCGCAAUGUCUCCAUCGAGCAGACGCAGUACACAUCGAAGCCAACGGGCCAGGUUUACCUCGACUUUGCAACUGCGAACAAGUUCACACCUAUGACGGAUGACCUGGGUAAUGGUGGAAAGGCGCAUUGGCUCGGUGACAAGAGCGCAAAGGUCACACUUGUAUAUCUGCACGGUGGCGGCUACGUUGUUCCCGCAGGGCCCAACCACUUCUCCUUCCUGUACGACCUAAUGAAUGCCCUCAACAACUCAGGAGCCUCCCUUAACAUCUGCUUCCUUGAAUACACGCUCGCUCCGCACGGCGAAUAUCCCACCCAGCUACGGCAGGCGUCCUCCCUCAUCACCCAUCUCUUGACCACCAAGUCUGCCGCGGACCUCAUUGUUGCCGGCGAUUCCGCAGGUGGCAACCUUAUCCUAGGCUUGCUGUCACACCUGUUGCAUCCGCACCCGGCUAUCCCCGCCGUUGAUUUAAAGGGAGACAAGUUGCGUGGUGCGGUUCUGCUCAGCCCUUGGGUCAGUUUUGACACUCGACACCCUUCUUACACAACCAACGCCGAGAGCGAUCUCUUUGAUGAGGUUCCUCUCAACACAUGGGCACGGGCGUUCCUAGGCGCUUCGAUGAGGCGUGGUAUCCUGAUGGGCGAUUCAUACUCGGAGCCGCUCAUCGCGGAGCCGGGCUGGUGGGGCGGUGCACACAAGGUCGUGGACGAAGUGCUCAUCUGGGGUGGUGGUGGUGAGAUCUUCAUCGACGGAAUUUUGGCGUUCAGCGACAAAUUCACCGAAGGUUGGAAGGCGGGCGGUGGAGAUCCGAGGAAGGUGCAGACCAUAUCGCGCGCGAGAAUGUGCCAUGAGGAGCCGCUAGCGGAUAUUUUGAUGGGUUUCAAGGAGAAGGGCGAGGGUGCUAAGGAUAUCGAGACGUUUGUGCGGAGCAAGCUUUAAGAUGGAGAUAUCUGCUGAGGAAAAGAAAAAAAGAGUGAAAUUUAAGGGUCGAAGGGGAGUUUGUGAAACCUGCGUCAUGUCCUUUUACGAUUGAUUAUAAGCAUUAGUGAUCGUGUAUAAUGUAGGUGCGGUCCAAAAGCUAUGUACAAAGACUUCUUAUCCAUGCGAUACCAGCAUACAUUUGCC